CUUGCUCUUCUUAACAACCCCUUUAUAUAUUUUCACAGAGAGUUCAAAAUCCAUGGCCAGCCAAACAGAGCAGAAAAUCUCAGAAACCAUGGAAGAGGUUGUGAAUUCUACUAAGCAUGCUUGUGAAUUGGCACGAAACCUCGAACCAGAAAUUCCCAACAUGGCCAACCAACCUAACAUGCUGUUGUUGUCCAUUGAUGAAGCAAUGAAAGCAUUUGGUGCUGCCAAAGAAAGACUAUUAACCAUGAUGUCCCAAGAAGGCCUAAUCAUAGCACCCUCUUCAUUUGCUUCAAUGUUGCCACGUGAUGAAACACCUCAGGGUCAGAUUGGUGCAAGUAGUGUUACCUCAAUGCAAGAAUUGAUGAGUUCUGGAAGUUAUGCACACAACAUGGAUCAGUUGUUACUAAUGCAACAACCCUUUGAUGUGAGAGCCUUGCUUGAAAAUAGGGGCACCCUUCAGAUUGGUGAAAUGGGUAGGAAGGAUUUGGAAGGUUCAGAUAGAUCAAAAGGGUCUGAAGGAGAAAUGCAAGGAAUUGAAGCCUCACCAUCAAGAUCACGAAAAGGAAACAGGAAAAAUGAUCUGAAAAAGAGAACAAUAUUGCUUCCUGCACCACAGGUUGGAAACAUAGAUAUGCCUCCAGAGGAUGGUUUUACUUGGAGAAAAUAUGGCCAGAAAGAGAUACUUGGUACCAAAUUCCCAAGGGCUUACUAUAGGUGUACCCACCAGAAAUUAUAUGCAUGCCCAGCUAAGAAGCAAGUACAAAGACUCGAUGAUAAUCCUAACAUAUUUGAAGUAACAUACCGAGGUGAUCAUACAUGUCACAUGUCAUCAACAGCACCAUCAUCAUUUCCACCACCACAACUUCUAGUAGAUAUGUCAAAGGACAUUACUCAAACUCAAAGCACAAUUUCCCCAGAAUUGUCUCCAUCAUCAAAAGUUUCAGGGUGGUUGUCACCGGUUAACCUCAGCCUCCACAGUGGCAGUGGCGGCGGCGGCGCUGGUCCCUCUACUUCAAAAUAUGGUACUGAUUAUUUUGUGGCUGAUAUGGCUGAUGCUAUGUUCAACUCGGGUAGCAGCAGUGGCAAUAGCAUGGAAUGUCUCUUUCCUUCCACUGAUGAUAAAUGGGAAGCAGGUGAGAAGAAAAGCUGAAGAAUGUUAUAAUUAAUUUUAACUUUAAUUUACUUUCCAAGAUUUUUCUCAUACUAAUUUAUACAUAUACCAUGUUGUACUUGCUUAAUAUAAUACUUGUAUGUGUUUAAUUCUUGUCUAAUACUUCAAAAGAGAGAGGGUAAGUUGGAGUUAUUUUUUUUCUCAUCAUGUAAUAUUUGCAAUUUUGCUGAAUAAAAUUUUAUUAUUAGAACAGU